UUCCGGAUUGGAAGAAAGGUGGCGGCGUUUUGGGCGGAACAGAAUGGAAGGAGAAUCGAGCAGACUGGAAAUUCAUACUCCAGUUUUUGACAAGAAAAAGAAAAAGUAUUCUGUAUAUAAGGAAGGACAUCUAAGGCAUCCCCAUGAAAGUGUCAGAGACUCCCUCCUGGCAAGUGAGCAGUCUCGUGUAACCAAGAAUAAAAAAAAAAGAAAGGAUUUCCAGCAUCUUCUUUCUUCCCCUUUGAAAAAAUCAGAAAUAUGUGAUGAGACUGAAAUGGCCACUUCUGUACCCAAAAAGAAAAGAAAGAAAAAGCACAGAGAUUCAGGAGUGGAUGAGGAAACAGGUGUGGUGUAUGUCCUAGUGGAUAAAGAAAAUAUCGAGAACACCCCAAAGAAUUUUAGGAGGGAUGUCGAUGUCGUGUAUGUUGAUGUGAGCCAGGAACAAAAACCAGCAAAAGAUCCUGAAGCAGGUGAACUACAUUCAGUUCCUAAGUCACAUAAAAACGAGUUGGAAGAGCUGAACUGUCGAGUUAAGGAGACAAAACGUAAAAAAAAACAUCAGAGGAAAGAGACCUCCUGUGAUGCUGAGCAGGAGAGCCCACCUGCUAGGCUCGCCCUGCCCAAGUCGGAUCCAGAUCCGCAGGAGCUGGAAGGCCUGCUUUCUGUGGGCCCAGAGGGCGGAAUCCCACAACUACCAGUAGCAGUCGAUAAAAAAAAGCGUAAGAAAAAAAAGAGAAAAAAUUCACACCACUGGGAACUUGAGGCAUUGGCUGGGCCUGGUAGUGUCGAGGAUGCGUACUCCGAAGGAUGGCAAGGGGUCAGUGAAGUUGGGACCAUAGAAGAAUGGCGAGGGGUCAGUGAAGUUGGGACUGCAGAAGUUGGGACUGCUGGUCGAGUGAAGAAAAGGUCUAAGAAGAGGAAGCGAAGGUCUUCUGAAAGUCUCGUAAUGCCAGGUGGUGAUUUCACAGUGCCUGCUGCAAGCUUUGAGGAUGCACAUUCUGAUUCACUAGAAGGUAAUGGUGCCCUGAUUGAAGAAAGUGCGAAACCCAGGCCACAGGAGGAGAAAACCCAGGCCUGUUUGGAAGAGGUGCAGAGCUUAGAACCUACAAAUGAAGAGGAAAUCCACUUGGAAUUGGCCAAAGAUUCUGAAACAAAAUAUCUAUCAGAAGAUUCAAGAGAUUCCGGUGACUCAGAUGUGGAUUUGGACUCUGCUGUGAAACAGCUCCAAGAAUUCAUUCCAGACAUCAAGGAAAGGGCCGCCACUACAAUCAAGCGGAUGUACCGGGAUGACUUGGGGCGGUUUAAGGAAUUUAAAGCACAGGGUGUUGCUAUUCGAUUUGGCAAGUUUUCUGUAAAGGAAAAUAAGCAGCUAGAGAAAAAUGUGCAAGAAUUUCUGUCCCUGACAGGAAUCGAGAAUGCAGACAAACUGCUGUACACAGACAGAUACCCAGAGGAGAAAUCUGUGAUCACCGACUUAAAAAGAAAAUAUGCAUUUCGAUUGCACAUUGGAAAGGGCAUUGCCCGGCCCUGGAAGCUUGUCUACUAUCGAGCAAAGAAGAUGUUUGAUAUCAAUAACUACAAAGGCAGGUAUAGCAAAGGAGAUAUGGAGAAGUUAAAGAUAUACCAUUCCCUGCAUGGGAACGACUGGAAAAAGAUUGGCGAAAUGGUGGCUCGAAGCAGCCUCUCCGUUGCCCUGAAGUUCUCCCAAAUUGGCAGUCCAAGAAAUCACGGUGCUUGGAGUAAGACGGAAACUCAGAAACUUAUCAAGGCUGUCGAAGAAGUGAUUCUAAAGAAAAUGUCUCCCCAUGAGUUAAAAGAGGUGGAUUCUAAACUCCAAGAUAAUCCUGAAGGCUGCUUGUCUAUUGUUAGGGAAAAACUCUACAAGGGCAUAUCUUGGGUAGAAGUAGAAGCCAAAGUAGAAACCAGAAAUUGGAUGCAGUGUAAAAGUAAGUGGACGGAAAUCCUAACCAAGAGGAUGACAAAUGGUCGGGAUGUAUACCGCGGAGUUAAUGCCCUGCAGGCCAAAAUCAACCUGAUUGAAAGAUUGUAUGAGGUAAAUGUGGAGGACACUAACGAGAUAGACUGGGAAGACCUCGCGAGCGCCAUAGGUGAUGUUCCUCCGUCCUAUGUUCAAACUAAAUUUUAUAAGCUGAAAGCUACCUGUGUUCCCUUUUGGCAGAAGAAGACUUUUCCAGAGAUUAUAGACUACCUUUACGAGACCACCCUGCCUCUGCUCAAGGAAAAGUUAGAGAAGAAGAUGGAGAAAGAGGGUACCGAAAUCCAGAGUCCCGCAGCACCCAGGCAGGUCUUUCUGUUCAGAGACAUCUUUUAUCGUGAUGACGACAGUGAAGGAGAAGACGGGGAGGAGAAGAGUUAGGGGAUGGCACUGUGUCUUGUUCGCCUCCCCAUGUUGGCUUUCCAGGUUUGGUUGUAUUUCUGUGCAUGAGGCAAAGAAACUGCUUUCAGUAUUGAUGUUUAGUAAGGAAGGGGUCCUGGCCAAGGGAGGGGAGGUCUAUGAUAUUUCAUAUUGUGGAGCACCCCUAUGUGAUUCACACACUCAUACUCUAGUGUGUUGGAGCACAUAAAGAAAAAUGAGCAUCAGGGUCGAUUUACUAUUUCUGUACCAUUGAAAAGAAGCACAGCUAGCAGUUUCUAUAAAACAACAGUAUACCACAUCCCUCUCACUGCAGCAGAGGAUAGAGUCAUGUCCCAUGAACAUUGUAUUGUGUGGAUCUCACCGUACACACACUCUGCAAAACGGGGAUUGCCAAAAUAGUCCGGCGUGAGGCCAGUUUGCUUUUUCUUUUCCUGGUCAUCACUCUAUGUUCCCAGUGUAUGUGAGUAUGAGAUAAGCAUUAGCAGGGGUCAUAGAUCUCCUGCUCUCUCCAACUGGCUUCUGUUUGUAUGUACCUGCCUCACGUGUGGAUCUCAUCUUCCUGAGGGAGCCGAUUGUUUAAGGAUACAUAUUUUGCAUCCAAGCUGCGUUCUCAAAGCUUAAAGCCAUUUACUGAAUUCAUCUGGUGUUCUAGCUGGGGAAAAAAAAAAAUCCAAAACAAAAACCCAGCAGUCUUUUCCAUUGCUUCCAGAAGGUCUGGCUCUGUUAGAUUUAUGGAAAGAUGCCACGUGGGUCUAAGGCACAGCUCAUCACUCCUCACGGAAUUUCAAGGAUAAUUUAGAUGUUGGGUGAUUCCGUCAGUCAGGAAACAAAACCACUCUAGAUGUUUCAAACAGAGAAGGACUUAAGGUAGGGAUUGUUAAACAGGAUGUUAAACAGGAUGAGGGUGCAAACAGAAAAGCCGACUUGCCUAGCCUUGGGUAGCUGAGGGCAGGUACUGCAGCCCUGCGUGUCCCGCGGUGACCUGGGUUGUCUGCUGCCCCUGCCCUUGCUGGAGUCUAUGUCUUCUUGGAACACAGCACCUGCUGCCUCCCAGCAUCUUCCGAGUGUCUUCCAUGAGCCUUCUCUCAGCAGAACGCUGCCAGCAAGGGGCGUGAGCUUUCCAGGCUUCUGGCCGCACCUGAACAUAAGAGAAAGCGUAGGUGAGCAGCAUCCCCUGCGGCGAUGUCACCACCUGUGCCAAGAUGGAACUCUAUCAUCUCCUAAGUGUUCUCUCUGAUGCCACUUAUCUAACAUCAUGAUGUGUAUGCUGUUAAGUCAUCCACAAAGCUAGACAUUUCUCCAAAGCUGCCGUCCUUGGAGAAGGAAGGAUCCAGAGACAAGUCUAGGAGGAGGCUGGUGUAUCCCCAGCACCUGCCACAGUGUUGGGCACAGAAAAGAAACACAGUAAAUAUGCAGCAAACAAGUGGCUAUUUCUUUUUAGUGAGCAUUUUACCUUUGGUCACCUCCGAUCUGUCAAAUGUAACCUGUCUCCUUGCUGAUGGGAAUAGAAGUUCCUUCUGGAGGGCGAUCAGGUGAAAUACAGCCUUAAGAAUAAAUGUAUUUUAUGAUCCAGCAAUUUCACUUAUAGAGAUAGAGCAGUUUCACUUUUUAGAAGUAAAAGAACUCGUGUAUAAGAAUGGCAAGUUUAUAGUUUGAGAAACAGACGAAAAUGUAAAUGUUCCCUAAUGGAAAUCUCAAUUAUGGAAUAUUCCUAGGAGGGGACGUCAUCUGAUAAUUGAGAACAAUCAUGAUAGAUUGAGCCAACAUAAAAAGGGGUAAAGAAUAUUAUCAACUAAAAUAUUUCAGAAGAGUAUAUAUUUUCAAUUUUGUUAAUGUAACAAAAGGAAAUUGUAUAUACAUAGAUGCAUUAAAACAUGUGGGAGAAAUUAAACCCAAAAUAUCGACAUUGCUUCUCGGGGCAGUGGGAUUGUGAAUUUACAGGGUACAACUCUUGAUCUGCAAAUGCCAGAAAAUGGGACCCAGGUAGGUCUGAGGAAUCCAGGAACUCUCAAGCCUGGAAGUCUGGAGGGAGUGCUCAUUUUAAGUAAUGACUGGCCUAGCUACUCAGAGUCACCAAAGAUGGGGUUCCUUGCAGAUUCUCUGUUCCCCCUUUGCCAUGUGUGUAUUCAUCUUCAGUGCACAUAGGGAGGCCCCUUUACACAGCCACAUGCUUCAGCAGACCAGGUCCCUGUUCAUAGGAAGGAAAAAAGGUCUCUUCCAAUUACUCUUGCUUACAUCCUGGGUUUUGCUUCUAGAGCCCAAAUUAGAGCCUGUGUCCAGCUCUGAACCAUCACUGGAGCCAGGAAGAUAGGACUGUGUUCAGCCAGUCUGGGCUCACCUCUGGAGCUGGGAUUUAGCUCAGCAUGCCUGGGGCAGCUGAAAGGAUAAAUACCCCAGUGAAAAAAAUCAGGGCCCCUAAGCAGAGGAGGUGAACGGACUCUGAGGAUGCAACCCACAGUUGUGUGCUGACAGUGGGUCAUUGCCCGUGCCGUGAAUCUUACCCAAUAAACUUGUGUACUUUUUGUAAAAGUU